AUGUCAUCAAGCUCAAACUUAUCCUACCCAAAGAUAUUCUCCCUCGAAGGAAGAACAGCAGUCAUUACUGGCGGCACACGAGGCAUCGGCGCCGCAAUGGCAAUCGCCCUCGCUGAAGCAGGAGCAGGCAUAAUACUAAUCCAACGUGACGAAACCAACACAACCACCCACCAACAAAUCCAAUCCCUCGGCCGCUUAUCAACAAUCUACACAGCAGACCUCUCCAAACAAUCCGACGUAGCCACCCUAACAAAACGCAUCCUCAGCGACAACCACGACCCAAGCAUCCUCAUCACCUGCGCCGGCAUCCAACGCAGACAUCCAUCCCACGAAUUCCCCCAAGCCGACUGGGACGAAGUCCUCCAAGUUAACCUGACCACCGUCUUCACUCUCUGCAGAGAUAUCGGCGCAUACAUGCUGACUCGUACACCAUCCCCAUCCGGCCACAGAGGAAGCAUCAUCAACGUCGCAAGUCUAGCUACCUUUCAAGGCGCCCUCACUGUCCCAGCAUACGCCAGCGCGAAAGGAGGCGUAGGCCAGCUGACGAAAGCCUUGUCGAACGAGUGGGCUAGUAAAGGUGUGAAUGUCAAUGCCAUCGCGCCGGGUUAUGUUGCGACGGAUAUGAAUGAGGCGUUGAUUAACAAUCCUGUUAGAGCUCCGCAAAUAUUGGAACGCAUACCUGCGGGUAAGUGGGCGACGCCGGAUGAUUUUAAGGGCCCGACUAUUUUUCUGGCAAGUGAGGCAAGUCGAUAUGUGAAUGGAGAGAUAUUGACUGUGGAUGGAGGGUGGAUGGGGAGGUGA